UUUAAACACGGAGCUCGCUCAUCGUCCACAGCGGAGGUGUGCUCUGCUGUGUUGGUUGGAGCUGGCGUGACACACCUUUGCAGACCUUUGCGCAGACCUUAGGCACACGAUUAAAUUCCACCGAGUCUUCCCUCCACACACACCUUGUUUUUUGUUGUUGUCGCUUUUCGAUACACAACACCGUGUUGAGUUCCUGACGCUCUCAAACUGAAUAAAUAGAGAGAGAGAGAGAGAGAGAGUGCAAAAGAGUUACGCGAGAGAUAUUAAAGCGUUUGCCACUCAUGCAGCCCUCUCUGCUUCUUCCCGCCCGGUGGGUUCAAAUAGACAACAAAUGGCGCGGACCUGCGCCAGGGGCCAAACCCGGCCUGCCCACGUUUCCCGCGCCAUUGUAUGCUCUGCCCCAUGCCCAUGCAAUAUACAUUAGCCUUUGCCUUGGCUGCGUCGCGAGUUUUGUUUCAGCAACGGCCGCGUGUGCACUGUUCGUGUUCGAGGGCCGCGCGCGUACACACCAAACACAGUCGCGUUUUGCCGCACGGGAAGCGGUUGUUGCGUCGGUCGUGAGCGCACACCGGAGUUUUCGUGCGUGUUUAGCUUUCGUGAUAGAGAAAGAAAGAGAGAGAGGCAGAAAGAGAGUGGAAGAGCGAGAGAGAUAGAGAGAGAUACAACUCGUGAAAGAGGGUUAGUGAGCACGAUAGCAGGCCGCUCUCACGCCGCUAGUGUGUGCAUUCCUUGCGUAUGCGCGCACUAUUUUGUUCAAGUCGCGAUCGAUCGAUCGAGCAGCUGCAUGCACACAAAACGUGUAUGCGUGUGUUUGUGCGCGAAAAUCUAAUUCCAAUUGCAAUUGUUCGGUGCCGAGAACGUUAGUGCAUUUUGUUAAGUGAUCGAUCGAGUAGUGGGUGUGUGUGAGGGAGCGCACGUUCCAGUAGCCUAGUUCUGGAAGUCGUUGUCAUCGACUGUGUUGGUGGUGGGCUGCAGCUGUAUAAGUGAUUUGAAACGGAAACGACGACAGAGUUGUGAUGAAUCAAACGGCAACGGCAACGGCGGCGGCAACGGUGGUGCAUUACGACGAGUUGACAUCACCGCCCCUGCUGCACUUCUACGGAGGUGGUGGUGGUGGUGGUGGGGGCGGUGGAGUUGGCAGUACCAACCUGCCGGAUGUAGCAACUUCGAUUGCGGCCGGCAUUGCCCAGCAGCACCGACUGCUCGGUACCACUGCCUCUGUACCACCGGUUCCAGCAACUCCAACGUCAGUGGUACCGGCGGCCAUUUCUUACACCGAGACCUCGCCCUCCCAAUCACCAUUGUCAUCAUCAUCGUUGUCAUCUUCGUCCUGUGUCGAUACGACUGUCUGCGAAUAAAACCAAACCAAAAUACAAUAAUCACAAAGAAAUCUGAGAUCGCUGUUUAGGACGCUACAGCAAAGGACGCGGGAGAGAGAGGCGUAUGGUCGAUUUUCGCGCUUCGUUGGUAGUGGAGCAGCCGGUCGCCCAGUGGUCGCUGUCCUCUGACGAUGACUGUUUUGCUAUGAUGUUCAAUUUUGUGGAAAUGAAUGGAAAGUAAAUAGCGCCUGGCGUGGUGGUGUGUCCAUCUCGAGUAGAGGACGUUCUCUUCGUGUCGCACGGUGCGGUAAAUAUUAUUUUUACUUUCCGGCGUUUUUGUUUUAAGAAGAGCACAGCACGCUGCUGCUGCUGCUACUGCUGCUGCUGCUGGCACGUUAAUUCCUAGACCGCUUUUUUGUUGUUUACAUUCGCUUAAUUUUGUUCCGGCUUGACCUUCCCCCCCGAGUGCAGGUUACGCAUGAUGGAAAGCUUUUCGCUGGAUGAUCAAGAGCCAGGGGGGUAUGGUUCUAAUGUUUUAUUUUAUUAGGAUUUUCGGGGAAAUUUGUUAGAAGCUAAGCAAAAGAAAAAUAGCGCCGAUAGAAAUCUAAUUAAAAAUAGAAAAUGGUUUUUCAUGUUUUAGACCAUUUUCAAUCAUCUACUUUCAAACGUGUGUUUGAGCCAAUCAUGUUUUAUGUGUUUCUGUGCAUUGAUUUAUGUGGCGUUUGUUUAUGUUUUUUUUUGCCCAUUUGCCGUGCGAAGCAGAAAAACCAAACUGCUGCAACAGAAUUAACUCUUUCGCCGAUGAUGAACCCCUCGGGCGUUUAAAAUCUGUAACUCACCGUCGGACGGCGGCUCAACCGGCGACCGUAAAUUAAUUGAGAGGAAACACUUUUAUGAGAUUUGUUUAAGGUUCGUAAAACACACUUCUCUGUGCUACACACACACACACACACCCAGCAAGUCGUCAAGUAAAAGACGGCACUGGGCUAUGUCUUCUUCAUGUAAAUUCGCCCGGACCGCCCGGCAGCUUCUGUUUGAAAUUAUGCAUUACCGUUCAUUACUGCUGCGUUGCGAGAAGUGGGUCAUGUGUAUAUUAACCUAUUAACGGGCAAGGCAACAAAACAAAAAUUGCACGCUCACUAUAAACCUAGAAACGGAAUACUGAGUAAGUGUGCUCAGGUUCUAUCGGUCGUUUUGUAGUGGAUCGGCUUUGUGUACGCGAUGCCGGUUGUGGUUCUCAGCUAUCACCGACACAAGAAUCUUCUGCCUAUCAGCUCGCUCCGUCGUUGUCGCGUUGUCCUCAUUUGUGUAUGCAAAUUUUCCGUGCCAGCUUUAUUUUCCCAGCCCAUUAAAUGCAGUCGCGGGCUUUAAUCGCUUUACACGGUGCGCUUACCACUGAGUAACGCUUGCUGUGCUAGUGUUUGAUAUAUGUGCGUGUGGGUUUGAUAGUGAAGCGUCUGUCUAGUUUUGGGUCCAAAGGUAGUGGUGGAGUCUUUUUCAACGGCAAGUAAGCAAAUAGAAGGGUUGUCAGUACGUGCUAUUGAGCGUUCAAGGAAGGAUAGCGUCAAUAGAUGUGUGAUAAGUUUAGAGAGAGAGGGCACCGGAAAGUGAGUGGACACACCUUGGGAGUAGAGUAUGUUAACAAAGAUCACGGUUGAAGUGGAUGUGACAUUAGUCUGUUUGAAGAAAGGAGCGUCUUUAGUUGUAAGCAAACCUCUCUUGAUACCUUGUUGUGUUCGAGCUGAACACAAUGUUUCGAAUGUUCUAAAAAUGGUAUUGCAAUGCCUUUUCAGAUGCGAUAUAAAAGCAUUAAAAUUACGCCUAAAUGUAUGCAAUACGCACUACCAAAUUGGCUUAUUAGGAACAAGAUUGCAAGUUUUGUCUAUUAAUUUGGUUUAUAUUGGGAAGAAAAAGUGACCUUAAAUCAUAAUGGUUGAAUUCGUCGGCUUUUGCGAUUCAUUUUGUUUGUAUAUUAGCCAAUUUAACCAUUUUUUUAGAUCAUUUGUAUGACCAAAUUGAUAUAUUUCAAUUUUAGUAACAUUUCAAUUCACACCAAAACUUACAAGCACGGUGCGAACGGCUGGCAAGCGAUAUGAAUAUGCUUGAAAUAUGCCGUUCCGAUCGUAUGCAAAUACUGUGAUCGUUCCCUCUCAAGCGGGGGACGCGUUGGGUGGGUUUUUUUUUUUUGGGAUGCACUCAUGCACUUCGUCGAAUCCGUAAUGGAUGAACCGCAAAACGCAUCAAGCGCGAAGGGUGUGGUAUACACGCCAUGCCCCAUCAUCAUCAUCGCCAUGCCCUAGUAACAUGCAUCCGUCAAUGUCUGCAUCGGUGUGCACCCGGUGAGCGGAAAAUAUGAGGGUGUGUGGGUGAUGUGGCAUAAUUGUAACAUGUGUACUUGCGUGUGUGUGUGUGUGUGUGUGUAUGUAUGUACCAACGAAUCAACAGUGAACGUUAUGAUUUGGCAGCAGCAUAUCUAUCAGGCGGUGGUUUGAGAUUUUAUGACAUGCUAAGGCGACGCAAAUCGCUACGGGAGUGAUGGUUAUGCAAGAAAAGCGGGAAAAUGAACCAACAGAAAAAAAUACGUUAUCGUGUGCCAAUUCAUGGAGCAUAAAAAAUCAAAACAACAUUCAAAUCGGAGCGUUUUGCUCUGUCUCUUUUAUGCUUUCUUUUUGGUGGUUGGUUCGUACCUUCAAAACUCUUGCUAUUGUUUUGCUGCCCAGUGCGCUGCACAAUGCUUUACACUGUCGCGAACGUCGCAAUCGGUUGCAUCCAAAGAGCUUCUCUAAACUGCUGUGCUGUGUGUGUGUGUGUGUGUGUGUGUGUGUCUAACUUUUGCUUUUUGCCUCACGAAUGCGGAAUGAUGCAUUUUUUCUAG